AUGGCAUCACAGUGGCAUUGUGUGACCAUGAUGAUGAUGUUGAUUGGGAGCAUCUUCUGUGCUCCCUCCUCCUCCUCUUCAUCCUCCUCCCUCGAACGUGUUGAAUACGUCCUCGUGCCGCGGAGUGCCCUCGUUGAUCAGCAACAGCUCGAGUAUCCAUACAUCGCCGAGCGGCUCGCCAAGCGAUUCGAAGUCGAUAGAAUGCGCCGUGCCCCCUACGAUCAACUCACGUUCAUGGAAAACAUCCAAAAACCAAGAUUCGGCCGCCGACGC